UGGUCCUGUGGGGGUCCUGACCAUUGAAGAAGAGAAACAGAUGGACUACAGUCUGGAAUUGUAGAACUACAAAGGUGGAGUACAGUAAGUGGAGCUGAUAAAGUGAACACUGAGUGUAGAACCCAGGAGGUGUGUUGAUGAAUCUUUGAUGAAUGUAUGUAUCGACACUUUGAUCCUUUCAUCAGGAUUAAUGGCGUUUUUAUUUAUUGUAAGUAAAUAUUCCACAUUGUAAUGGAAUUCUGCCCUUUGAUCAGGUCAAACAAUUAGUGUUUAACAUGUCAUGAUUAGUUUAAACAAAACUCAGGUAUAAGAUAAAUAACUCCAUGCGCGUGCAUGUGUGUGUGUGUGUGUAUGUGUGUGUGUGCGUAGAAGUGGGCUGUUCUCCGUGACGUCAUCCACUCCGCUAUCACAUUCCAGCAUUCCACCCCGAGAGCAGCGCGAGUUUCGGAGAGACGAAGAGGAAAAACAAAACGGAUCGGACACACAGAAGAAAGAGAAAGAGGAACGGGAAAAGAGCAUUCCAGCGCUCAGGUGAGGCUCGCGCGCACUGCUGCUCUCACUGGAUUAUAAAUCUGGCCACCACGUCCAUCAUCUACACUGUGAAACUGCUCCGUCCUCCAGCCUCUCCCCAGCAUGGGCAGCUCCACGGACCCACAUCUACUGUCGCGCGCCAAUGAGCCCGUUUAACGCCCCGCGCGCCUUUGGAACCCGAGCGGUCACUUCUUAUCCAGCCGUAUCCAUCCAUCAAUCCAUCCUCUCGAGCCCCUGCGGGAUGAUGCGCGCAGCAUGGACGUAACGCACUUCAAUGCCACGCGCGACAGCGGUGGUGUCGGAGGCGGCACCAACUCCACGCGGCCGUGGCCGCACGCGGACGUGGCGGCGGCCUUCAUCAUCCUGGUGGUCUCGCUCCUCAUCCUCUUGACCAUCGUCGGGAACGCGCUGGUGAUCGUGGCCGUGCUGACCAGCCGCGCGCUCCGCGCCCCGCAGAACCUCUUCCUUGUGUCGCUGGCGUGCGCCGACGUGCUCGUGGCCGCGCUCGUGAUCCCGUUCUCGCUGGCUAACGAGGUGAUGGGCUACUGGUACUUCGGCAGCGCGUGGUGCGCGCUCUACCUGGCGCUGGACGUCCUGUUCUGCACGUCGUCCAUCGUGCACCUGUGCGCCAUCAGCCUGGACCGCUACUGGUCGGUGACGCGCGCCGUGCGCUACAACCUGAAGCGCACGCCGUCGCGGGUGCGCUGCGCCAUAGCCGCCGUGUGGCUUGUGUCGGCCGUCAUCUCCUUCCCGCCGAUCGUGGUCACGCGCCACGGCGAGGGCGAGUGCCUUCUGAACGACGAGCCGUGGUACAUCCUGUCCUCCGCGCUCGUGUCCUUCUUCGCGCCCGGACUCAUCAUGGUCACCGUCUACUGCAAGAUUUACCGCGUGGCCAAGCAGCGCUCGGCCACCGUGUGCGCGGCGCAAAACGGCACCAUAGCGGCCGCUGUGGCCAAGGCGACGGCGGCGGCGACGAUGCGCGCGGAUGGCUGCGCUGCGCGCCGCCGCGCCGCCGACACGGAGAGCGUGAGCAGCUCUGGAAGCGACGCGCGGCGCGAGGAGCUCGACGACAUCGACCUGGAGGAGAGCGGCGUGGGGAGAAUGCGAGACAGCGGCAGCGGUGGCGCGAGCACCGCUGACGGAGGUGGAGGAGGAGGAGGUGGAGGGAGUGGAGGAGGUUGCCGUCGCGCGCCCUGGGCAACCAGCCGCGCGCUCAUUCCGACUCUGCAGCCGCCGCCUUCCUCGCGCUCGCGCUCGCACCUGGGCGCGUGUCGGAGCAGAGCGGCGCAACUGCGCGAAAAGCGCUUCACGUUCGUGCUCGCGGUGGUGAUGGGCGGCUUCGUGCUCUGCUGGUUCCCCUUCUUCUUCACUUACAGCCUGCGCGCGGUGUGCGGGGAAAGCUGCGCCGCGCCGGAGGGCCUCUUCAAGCUCUUCUUCUGGAUCGGAUAUUGCAACAGCUCCGUGAACCCCAUCAUCUACACGGUCUUCAACAGGGACUUCAGAAAGGCCUUCAAGAAAAUACUGGGCCUCAGCCAACCUGCGCGGACUUGAUAAUUGCCACAGACCACAACCAGCAGGAGACAAAACAGGGCUGGAGGAACAUGCAUAGUGAUGAGGGACUGUAUAUGAUGCUGAAAGAACACACAAAGCCUGCACAGAGCUGAGGACACAUAGAGAGGACUGAGGACACUUACAGGGGGCUAAGGGCACAUAUAGAGGGCUAAGGGCACAUAUAGAGGGCUGAGGACACAUAUAGAGGGCUGAGGACAUGUAUAGAGGGAUAAGGGCACACACAGAGGGCUGAGGACACACACAGAGGGCUGAGGACAUGUAUAAAGGGCUGAGGACAAGUACAGGGGGCUGAGGACAAGUACAGAGGGCUGAAUUCACUCUUUCAUUACUGGAUUAACACUGUUUAAACAGUUCUGCACAUCAUUUACUUUAUUCCAAUGUGCACACUAUCAGUCAAAAGUUUGGACAUACCUAACUGAAUGUGCAUUGUUUGUAAUGAUGCAGAUAUUUCUGUCUCAAGGGUUAAUAUUAUUAUUAUUAUUAUUAUUAUUAUUAUUAUUAUUAUUAUUAUUAUUAUUAUUAUUAUUAUUCCUAAAAGCAAAGGAAAAUAUAACAUUUGAUGGACUAUUGGUACCUAUCAUAUAGGUUGAUUCCUAUGAUUCUGUUACAUAACACACACACGUUUCUAUAGGUUUCUAUUGCUUUUGUGUUACUGUAGCUAAAUAAUACUACACCUAAACUUAAUUCUAACCUUAACCUCAGUAUCCAAAAGGCAUUUUUUCUGCUCUUUUAGUUUUCAAAUAACAAAUAAAUUGUGGUAAAAAUAACACAUGCUCAAGUUAGGAGUGAACUUUUCAUGUAGUCCUAGCGAGGACAUGUACAGCAAGUAUAGCAAUACAAGAACACACGCACACGCGCGCGCGCACACACACACACACACACACACACACACACAGUACCAUCCAAAAGGCAAAAUAGUUUUGGUGUUAGUGUGCUUGCUAACCCUACAGGAAGCUCAGUACUGUAUGUAGCUAUUAUCCAAUACCUGGUUCAGCUAAAGCGAUCAUUAAAGCAAUCAAGAGUGCUGCUGGGGAAAUUUAACAAAUCCAUGCAAUGGUGGGAGAUCACAGAGUAGUCAAUACAUUAAGCCUGUGCUCUUCUAACCAAAAAAUCCCUGUUACUUAUUACUGCGUUUAUGUUGCCUUGGUGCAGUUCGCUAAAGUGCCCAAGCAAGACUUCUUCGCAGCAACAUGCGCACAUAUACAUAUAGAGGACUCCAAAAGUCCGAGACCUCAUUGAAAAUCUGGGAUUUUUUUCCAUUAUAAAAUUGUGGAGGAUGUAAAACAAAGAUGCACUGACCAUGUUGAGGAAGUAACCAAAAAAUGUCAUUUUUGAUUUGUUAGUCAUAUUUUUUUAGACUUAUCUCUUCCAUUAAAGCUUGUAUCCAGAAGACUCUCAGGAGGAUUUGAUCUACUCAUUGGAGGCUUUUAAACAAACUUGUGGAGAAUAUUAAACUAUUAAAAAAAAUAGAAAGGAAUGCAACUUAGAAAUAUUUUCACUAGUGGGUGGUCUCAGACUUGUGGACCCCAGUGUGUGUAUAUAUAUAUAAAAAUCAAGAAAAAGGGGAACUUUUCAUUUCAAAUAGAAGGAAUAUUAACUGUUAAUGUUAUUAGUGUUUUAAUAGUUGUGAUGUCCUCACUGUUUUCUAUAAUGUGGAAAAUGGUUAAAUAAGAAUAUACCUUCUAUAAGUGGGUGUGCACAAACUUUUGACUGAUGGCAUACAUCUUUUUCAUGCAAAAUAAACUAUGUGACAUUAAUCCAGUUGUUGCCAGUAAUAAGUAAACUGCAAGGUAAACUGUGCUGAAUUGACUCAAGGUAAGGGUGUUUGUGCCCAGCUGGAUGCAAAACAACAUUUCUAUUAUUGAAUUAACGCGCAAUAGCUAAUAAACACGAGAAACAUCAUUUGUGUCCAACUGAACUUCCGAUGAAGACUAGAUUCAAUUUUGGAUUAGCAGCUACAGGCUUUAUUUGUGCCCAGCCGGACACAAAUGAACUCUUACACAGUUAACACCCACACUGUUGGAUUAACACCUACAGCUUUGAAUGGACCCUAUUAUGUUAAUUCACAUCCAGCUGAAAUUAAAUCAGCAGCUGUAAGAAAUCAUUCAAUACUGCAUGUAGACGGCAAUUGAUCUGUAGAUAACAUGCAGUAAUGAGACUUUGCUGAAUGAACAGACUGAAAGAAAUUUCGUCAGUACAGUCGACUCAAUGUGUACAUGAAAGGUUUAUAAUGUUAAAGCAGAUUUCAAGGGCAGAAAAGAAAUGUUAAUGACCACUAAUUCAUUCUGAACCUUUUAAAGAAAAAAAAAACACAUUAUGUUUUGAUAGUGUUGAAUUAACACCUACAGUGGUGAAAUAACCCCUGCGGUGCUGAAUUCACUCUGAGUAUACAAUGCAAGUGUACAUUCAGCACUCUGGAUUUCGCUGUCAUCUUUGUGGUGAUGUUAUUGUGGAACAUUUCAGCCUCUUUUUCCAUAAACAGGUUGCAUAUUAUUAGUCAUUCACAACCUUUCAAGUUCAUUUUCAGAAAAAAAAAAACUCAAAAUAUGUAAAUGCACUAACUGUUUAACCAGUUGGACUCAAAUUACCAGUGUAAUUGCUUAUUCAGAGCUGGUAACACUCCUGGGUCUUCUCAUUUUGUUUCAUCUUGAAAACGGCUGUAUUCUGAAACUGUAUUGUGGCAUCUAAUAAUAUAUAUUUUUUCCAGCAACUGGAUUUUUAAAA